AUGCUGGUUACACUAUUAUUUAUAGCAGCUAUACUAUUGCUAUUAUGGAAACUAUUCGAUAUUCGAUCAGUUGCUGAGCUGCAGAAGGUGUUCUCAGGCCUGAUUUCCGGGAAUGGGCAGCAUCCCAUCAGCAACCUCUUCCAAGUCGAAGAGAAGUCGAAGCGACAUGGCGGAGAGUUGGUGGCUGAUGUGCUGUUCGCGCAUAAAGUGAAGGAGAUCUUCGUACUUUGUGGAGGCCACAUUUCCCCGAUUCUUGUCGCAGCUGAGAAGCUCGGGAUCAAGAUUGUCGAUACCAGGCACGAGGCGAACGCGGUCUUUGCCGCUGAUGCGGUCGCGCGUCUGCGACAAUCUAUUGGAGUUGCCGCCGUCACCGCUGGUCCUGGACUGACCAAUACGAUCACCGCAGUGAAGAACGCUCAGAUGGCUGAAUCGCCAUUGCUUUUGAUCGGUGGUGCUUCGCCUACUCUACUGAAAGGGCGUGGUGCCCUUCAAGACAUUGAUCAAAUGGUGCUUUUCCGCCCUCUCUGCAAGUACGCCGCGCGUGUCACGCGUUUGAGGGAUAUUGUGCCUACGUUGAGGGAAGCUAUUCGUGCCGCUACAUCUGGCUGUCCUGGCCCGGUUUUUGUUGAGUUCCCCGUGGACGUCCUGUACCCCUACGAGCUCGUCAUGAGAGAAGUCGGCCUGAACCCGAAUGCCAAGGGAUUCAUCCAAAAGGCUCUCAACCACUAUUUGCGCAUCCAUGUCAGCCGACAAUUCGGUGCCGCAUGGGAAAAGCAAGAUAUCUCCCCGUUGGCCACAUCAAUUCCGAAGCCGUCAAGUGAACAGGUGGCUGCCAUCGCCGAGCUUGUCAAGGGUGCGAAGCGGCCAGUCUUGCUGAUCGGAAGUCAGGCUACUCUCCCACCUAUCAAGCCUGAUGACUUGGUUGCAGCUGUGAAGGAGCUCGGCAUUCCUGUUUUUUUGGGAGGUAUGGCACGCGGAUUGCUUGGAAAGCAGAGCGAGCUGCAGAUGCGGCAAUGCCGAAAGGAUGCGCUCAAGGAGGCCGAUCUAACCAUCUUGGCUGGUACUGUUUGCGACUUCCGACUUUCCUACGGCCGAAUCCUGUCGAAGAAGUCAAAGAUCGUCACAAUCAACCGUAACAAGGAGCAAUUAACAAAGAACGAAAAAGCCUUCUGGAACUCCGAUGUUUCCGUCCAAGCCGAUGUUGCUUCCACGCUGGUCGAUGUGGCCAAGCAGGUGAAGGGCAAGCUGACCAAGCGAGCAGACUGGAUCGACACACUGAGACAAAAAGACAACGAGAAGGAGGCUGCCAACGCUAAGAAGGCGCUCGAUAAGGCCGUGGGAGGUGUAAAUCCACUUAGCUUCCUGACAGCUUUUGAUAAGACAAUCCCGGACAACGCGAUCCUGGUUGCUGAUGGAGGUGAUUUUGUCGGUUCUGCCGCGUAUAUCGUCCGGCCGCGUGGUCCACUUCAAUGGCUUGACCCCGGGGCGUUCGGCACGCUCGGUGUCGGCGGUGGUUUUGCCUUGGGUGCAAAGAUUGUUCAUCCCGAACGCCCAGUCUAUAUUCUUUGGGGAGACGGGUCGAGCGGCUACACAAUUAUGGAAUACGACACCUUUGCUCGCUUCAAACUGGGCGUCAUUUCGGUCAUCGGCAACGACGCCUGCUGGACGCAAAUUGCUCGCGAACAAGUCCCGAUGUUCGGCAGCGCUAUUUCUACUCAACUAGCUCACACGAAAUACGAGAAAGUGGCUGAGGCACUUGGCGGCUGGGGCGCCGCGAUUGACGAGAGCAAUGAAGCUGAUACAAACAAGAUCCUGGAAGCCGCUUCUGCUGAAUCCAAGAAGGGAAUCCCGGCGCUAAUCAACGUGCACAUUGGCAAAUCAGACUUCCGCGAGGGUUCAAUCUCCGUG